AUGCUUUCACAAGCCGCUACCCGACUCUGCUGCAGAGUUCGGGGACCAGCAAUAAGAGCUCCUCGGGCAAUUCGAAGCUAUCACGAUGUCGCACAAAGCAAAUUCUUGAAAGUAUCAGAGGAAAUUCGUGAUGCGGUGGCCACAGGAAAGCCAGUAGUAGCACUGGAGUCUACAAUCUAUACCCACGGCUUUCCAUAUCCCGAGAAUGUCGCUCUCGCCUCUUUGCUUGAAUCUGUUGUUCGGGUCAAUGGUGGAAUUCCCGCCACAAUCGGCAUUCUCAAUGGGGUUGCUAGGGUUGGCCUCAGUGCUGAGGAGCUCACUGAGCUAGCAUCGACCGCGGAGAAAAAGGAUGCCUUGAAGGUUUCCCGUAGAGAUCUCGGUUAUAUAUGCGGCCUGGGAAUGGCUGGGAGACGACUCCAUGGAGGAACAACUGUUUCAGGAACAAUGGUGCUUGCUCACUUGGCUGGUAUUAAGGUGUUCGGGACAGGUGGUCUCGGUGGUGUCCACCGUGGAGGGGAGUCGUCCAUGGAUAUCUCUGCCGAUUUGACUGAGCUGGGACGGACACCUGUUGCUGUCGUCAGUUCCGGAUGCAAGAGCUUCCUGGAUAUCCCGCGGACACUUGAAUUUCUAGAAACCGAGGGAGUCUGUGUCGGGACAUUUGCCGAUGGCCGUGAAGGCUCAGUGGAUUUCCCUGCCUUUUUCUCGCGCGACAGUGGCAUCAAGAGCCCCAGAGUAAUCCGAGAUGAAGCGGAAGCAGCUGCGAUCAUAUACGCGCAGUCAAAGCUUCCUGUAAGCUCUGGUAUCCAUUUUGCCAAUCCAGUGCCAGCGGAACAGUCGAUCCCCAAAGGCGAAAUGGACAUAAUAAUAGAAGAGGCGAUCCGUUUGGCCGAAGUCGAGGGUCACCGAGGAAGCGACAACACGCCUUUCGUACUUGCAAAAAUAAAGGAACUUAGUGGCGGAAAGAGUGUGAUUGCCAACAGGGCGCUGGUCGAGGCCAACGUGAAGCGCGCAACCAAGGUGGCAGUUGAACUCUCCAAACUAGAACAGGCUGAUAGGGGGACUGGAGGCCGCAUUGAACAGCUGGGUAAGGCUGAUGUCCUUGUUGCUGGCUCUCUUGCGAUCGACCUGUCCUGCGAUUAUACCCCAUUUGCUAGCGAGAGUGACAAGAUCACACCCGUUCCUCAAACAUCGAACCCCGCGGUCAUCGGGCAGAGCCUGGGCGGAGUAGGCCACAACGUUGCCAUUGCGUCACAUUAUCUUGGAAGCUCUGUUCUGUUCUGCAGUGUAGUCGGGGAUGACUUGAGUGGCCGCGCUGCGCUCUCGACUCUCCAGGAAGAAGGACUCCCCACCGCCGGCGUACAGAUCCUGCCUGCGUCGUCCGGAGCGCGCACGGCACAAUAUGUCGCCAUCAACGACGCAAAGCGCGACCUCGUAGUGGCUAUGGCUGACAUGGGCAUCAUGGAGCUGCCGGAGCACGUGCUUGAUUUUGACGGGUUCUGGGAUCCCCUGAUCCGCCACACCCAGCCGCAGUGGGUGGUUGUGGAUGCGAAUUGGAGCCCAGCGGUUCUAGCCAGAUGGAUUGCCGUUGCUAAACAGCACGGUGCGCGGGUGGCCUUUGAGCCGGUCUCGACGGCCAAGUCUCGCCGUCUUUUCUCCAAGACCUCCGAGGCGGAUGCAGUAAUUCAACCGGCCAAGGCAGUCCCCAACAACGCCAUCAGUCUGGCCGCUCCCAACCAGUACGAGCUCUCAGCCAUGUACACGACAGCCCGCGAAUCAGGGCUCUUCGAGGAGUCCGAAGGCUGGUGGCGCAUCAUCGACGCCAUGGGCAUGUCCGCGACUGGCUCGCGAGAUCGUCUCGUUGCAAUGACCACGGCCGAGCUGGUGGACCAGGGAAUCCCACAGCAGAGCAUCCAACUAAUUCCCUUUAUUCCGUGCAUCAUCACGAAAUUGGGCGCUCAGGGGGUUCUGGUGACCCAACUGCUCCGUCCGGGAGAUGCUCGUCUCACAUCUCCUGAUUCGGCGCCUUACAUCCUCUCGCGCGCCUCGCCUACAGAUGAGCUAAUCGGGGGGGUGUAUAUGCGUCUUUUCCCGUCAGCCGGGGUCCUGGCGGAUCGGGAGAUUGUGAGCGUCAACGGUGCGGGGGACACGUUACUGGGCGCGGUUGUUGCGGGGCUUGCAAAAUGGUCAGGGAAAUCGGUCGAGGAGGUCAUUCCUCUGGCGCAGGAGGCUAGUCUGAGGACGUUGAAGAGUCCAGGUGGUGUGAGCAGGGAUCUUGUUACUCUGCGAUCAUUGAUGGCUGCCUUAUAA